CAGUAGGUUUCAGGUGAAAGGCACAUUACAUGUUUAUUUCAACACAGAGUGUAAGUUAUGAUUUUAAAACAUGAUGGAAGCUGGACUCGAAGUAAACGGACUUAUAUAAAGACAUGUUUUCACUGUCAACAUGGAGGCGGAGUAAACAUAGGGAAUGUGGGGACUUUCCAUUGUAAAAGCUUAUGAGAACCACUGCAGAACCUGGUCGAUAUGCAGAAGAUGAGCUGCUUCUUCCCCUUGCUGUUUGUGUGUCUGGAUGUGUGUGUGGUCCAUUUCAUCCGUCUGGCUCAACACUCACCCCUGCUCCUCUCCUGUCCCUUCGUCACCCUGUGGGGAGGAGGUCUCACCAGGGCCAGCAUCCUCCUGUUCCUCUCCUCCACCUACCCUAGAGCCAUGCCGUGGAUGAGCAGCUCUGAGGGGCUCCACAGUUUAGGGGUCCUUUGCUUCCACUUCCCAGCGUACACCAGUGUCCUCUGGAUGCUGGGUCGGCCUGUGAUGGAGGAGCUUUGGGGGUGGCACUCAUGGGAGAGAGUGUUACAGGGUUACGUGGUGACAGUUGUGGCCUGGCUCUACUGGACUCGAUAUGUCUCAUCUUUUUUGGUUUCCUGGGCUCGUUACAUCUCAUCCUGGUUUACAAACGUUUCCGCUGAAAAACCCAAAGAGGAUGACUCCGGUGCUUCUCUGAAGAGGCUGCUGGGAUACAUGCAGCCUUAUGUGGGACGCUUUAUUUUUGUGCUGGUUCUUGUGUUUCUUUCUUCAUACGGGGAAAUGGCGAUUCCUCAGUACACCGGACAAGUGGCCAACUGGAUCAUGAAUGAAGAAUCACCUGAUGCAUUCACAGAGGCCAUCACAGUCAUGACACUGAUGACUCUGGCAAGUGCUGUUCUGGAGUUUAUAUGUGACCUGACGUACAACAUCACCAUGAGCCGUAUUCAUGCCUCAGUGCAGGGAGUCGUCUUCCAGGCUGUGUUAAAACAGGAGAUCGCCUUUUUUGAGUCUACGACGACAGGUGAACUGGUGUCGCGAAUCACCACAGAUACCAACGAUAUGAGUGAAGCUCUGAGUGAGAAGCUCAGUCUGUUGAUGUGGUACGCGGCACGUUUCGGCUUCCUCUUAUUCUUCAUGGUGAGCCAGUCCUGGAAAAUGACGCUGCUCACCUGUAUGGGCCUGCCCAUCAUCUGGAUCAUUCCUGAGCUCACUGGACACUUUCACCAGACUAUGGCCAGAAAGGUUCAGGAAUCUCUGGCCAAAGCAAACCAGGUGGCCACAGAGACCUUCUCCAACAUGAAGACAGUGAGGAGUUUUGCCAAUGAAGAUGGUGAGACAGCGAGAUACAGGAAGAGGCUGGAGGAAACUUACAGCCUGAACAAAAGGGAGGCAGUAGCCUAUGCAACUUCUACAUGGGCCAGCAGUAUGACAACUUUGGCCCUGAAGGUGUUCAUUCUAUACUACGGAGGGACCCUAGUGACUGGGGGAAGUGUAACCAGUGGAGGCCUGGUGUCUUUUGUCCUCUAUGAGCUACAGUUUGCCUCAGCUGUUGAGGCCGUCAUGCGUUACUACCCAGAGGUGAAGAAGGCAAUCGGUGCCUCUGAGAAGAUCUUUGAAUAUUUGGAUCGGAAACCUCAAGUACCUCCAGAUGGUACUUUGGAGCCCAAAAACCUUAAGGGACAUAUUCAGUUCCAAAAUGUGUCAUUUUCAUACGCAGGCAAGACAGAGGAAAAGAGCCUUGUGCUCAAGGAUGUGUCUUUUGAAAUAAAGCCUGGUCAAACCACUGCCCUGGUGGGACUCAACAGAUCAGGGAAGUCCACAUGUGUCAAACUACUGGAGAGGUUUUACCAGCCUCAGUCAGGGGUGAUUCUGCUGGAUGGGAAACCACUGGACAAAUACAAAGACCAGUACCUCCAUGAUAAGAUUUCUGUGGUGAGCCAAGAUUGUUUGCUGUUUGCGCGCUCUGUGAAGGAGAACAUCAAGUAUGGCUGUGAGGAAGCGUCCGAUGACGAUAUGUACGAAGCUGCCAGGCGGGCUUGUGCUCACGACUUCAUCGAUAAGCUGUCAAACGGAUACAACACAGAUGCUGGGGAGAAGGGAGGCCAGGUUUCUGGAGGACAAAAGCAACGCAUCGCCAUCGCCAGAGCUUUGAUCAGACGUCCCAAAGUCCUGAUAUUAGACAACGCCACCAGUGACCUGGACGUAGAGAAUGAGUAUCAGGUUCACCAGCAUCUGUUAAACCAGAAUGACCACUGCUCAGUGCUGCUCAUAUCGAAUAAGAUGGGAGUGGUGGAGAAGGCGGAUCAUAUAAUCGUCCUUGACAAUGGGAUGGUGAAGGAGGAGGGAAGGCACAAUGAGUUGAUGGAGAAGCACGGCCUUUAUGCUGAUCUUGUCGAAAAACAGAAUACAGGCUUUCAGAGAAAAGGAGAGGACAUGAACAGCACUGAAUGAAAUCUGAUUCCCCUGUGGCCAGUGAAGACGUUGAGCAAACCUUUAAAGUCACUGGUACUGAGAGUAGAAGAUACACUUGAAAUUGGUAUUUCACUAAUUCUUUAGUGAAAUAACAUUUACAUUGUGAAUACAGAGGGACUUCUGAACAUCCGUAUUUAUUAUUGAAAUAAAAUUCACUGAAUUUUCAUCAUUCAUUCAGCAAUUACACAAGUAAAGAUACACACACCUGAGAGAAACAAUAAAACAGUCUUGCACAUCUCUAAAGCUGCAGCAACAAAACUAGACAGUAGACAAAAACACAAAUAUUUGCAAAGAUUUUGACAAGAAUAACAGAAUAAAUAAUAAAUUGUUUUAGUGAUUUCUAAGCAAAAUGCCAGCUUUUUCAUAUGUAACUAUUUGCCUAAUUUUCAGCUACUGACUUGUACAAAGUCAUAUUAAGGUUUUGGACUAGUAAGUUUAAAAAAAAACUUUGAAGAUAAUAUGUUGGACUCCAGACAAUUUUGACUUUUUAAGCAUUCUUUUUAUUCUUUUUUUUUUCUUUACUUUUUAUAAAAUAGUAGAAUAAUGACCUGUAUAUAUGAGACAAUCACAACCUGUUUAGAGUUCAAAGUUUGCAUCAUUUCAUUACUCUGUUAUAUAACAACUUCACAUUAGCUGUGCAUUUUUUUUUUGUUUCUCUUUUUUUGUAAAUAAAGUAAAUGUUUCCUUGUCUGCCAUUCUGACUUUGGGUGCUACAAUACAUAUAUAAUUCACUGUG